UCGACUUGAACGCCAGUUAUCUACCCAGAGGUACCAAGGAACCCUCUUUGCCAAUCAGCCGAAGAUGUUCAUUGCACCAGCCAGCAGCCCCCCAAGAGCCAAGUUGUGUGAACUGGUACUCCUGUGUGGUGGCCAAGUCAGCCCCGCCCCUCAGCUGGCCAGCCUCAUCAUUGGUCCCUACACUGGCCAGAAGGAAGCAACUAUCCAGUACCUGUCAGAGAAAUGGGUCUUAGACUCCAUCACCCAACACCAGGUGUGUGACUUUAACAACUACCAAUUGCUACAAUGAGACACAGCUGUGGAAGGAAGGAACCAGCUACAACUUAAGGCUCGAUGACACAUUACUUUGUGUGCUGUAGUUUUCCUCAUGGGGGGAGGGUGUGUG